AGUGCGGGCGUGCAGAAUUGGGGUUGUGGGGUCGAGUCAGUGAGGAAGCGCCAGGUGUCCUCAGCGUCGGCCGGUGCGUCUGGGACGCCGCGUCGUGGGGACGGCGGGCUGAGCGCGACCCGGCUGGCACCGGGCGGCGGCGUGACAGCUUAUUGCAGGAGUGACCAGGAUAUUACUUUCUAGAAGUAAUGCCCACAGAAAGCGGAAGUUGUUCAACUGCUCGCCAAGCAAAACAAAAACGCAAAUCACACAGCCUUUCUAUACGAAGAACUAACAGCUCAGAACAGGAGAGGACAGGACUGCCAAGAGAGAUGUUAGAAGGACAAGAUUCUAAACUGCCUUCCUCAGUUCGCAGUACACUUCUGGAACUGUUUGGUCAAAUAGAAAGAGAAUUCGAAAACCUUUAUAUUGAAAAUUUGGAAUUGCGUAGAGAAAUCGAUACUCUUAAUGAACGCUUAGCUGCUGAAGGACAAGCGAUUGAUGGGGCAGAACUGAGUAAGGGCCAGCUCAAAACAAAAGCCAGCCACAGUACCAGCCAGCUUUCUCAGAAACUAAAGACCACUUACAAGGCGUCCACCAGCAAGAUUGUUUCCAGCUUUAAGACUACCACGUCAAGGGCCGUCUGCCAGCUUGUGAAAGAGUACGUUGGCCACAGGGAUGGUAUCUGGGAUGUCAGUGUUGCGAGGACACCACCAGUGGUGCUGGGGACUGCAUCUGCUGAUCACACAGCCUUACUGUGGAGCAUAGAGACAGGGAAGUCCCUCGUCACGUACACAGGCCAUGUGGGGUCAGUAAAUUCUAUAAAAUUUCAUCCUUCAGAGCAGUUGGCUCUCACUGCUUCUGGCGAUCAGACUGCCCAUAUUUGGAGAUACGUGGUGCAGCUGCCGACACCUCAGCCUGUGGCCGACACCAGUCAACAAAUGUCUGGAGAAGAUGAAAUUGAGUGCUCUGAUAAAGAUGAACCUGACGUCGAUGGAGAUGUGUCCAGUGACUGCCCCACUGUUCGUGUUCCGCUGACCUGUCUCAAAAGCCACCAGGGAGUGGUGAUAGCUGCUGACUGGCUAGUUGGGGGGAAGCAAGUGGUGACAGCCUCCUGGGACAGAACUGCUAACCUCUAUGAUGUGGAGACCUCUGAACUUGUCCACUCUCUGACAGGGCACGACCAGGAGCUGACACACUGCUGCACACACCCCACCCAGCGGCUCGUGGUGACUUCCUCCCGUGAUACGACCUUCCGCCUCUGGGACUUCAGGGACCCUUCCAUACAUUCAGUGAAUGUUUUCCAGGGACACACAGACACUGUAACCUCUGCUGUGUUCACUGUGGGAGACAACGUUGUCUCAGGCAGCGAUGACCGCACGGUGAAAGUCUGGGAUUUAAAAAAUAUGAGAUCUCCAAUCGCAACUAUUCGCACAGACUCUGCCAUUAACAGAAUCAAUGUAUGUGUUGGCCAAAAAAUCAUAGCUCUCCCCCAUGACAACCGACAAGUGAGAUUGUUUGAUAUGUCAGGAGUGCGACUAGCACGGCUUCCCCGGAGCAGUCGACAGGGCCAUAGAAGAAUGGUAUGCUGCUCAGCAUGGAGCGAAGACCACCCCAUCUGCAAUCUGUUCACCUGUGGGUUCGAUAGGCAAGCCAUUGGUUGGAACAUCAACAUCCCUGCAUUGUUGCAAGAAAAAUAAGGUCGCUGGCGUUCCUUAGUUUUGUCAUUUGCCAUGGACUUGACUGAUGCAGACCUUUCUGCAUAUUAAUCAGCCAUUUUUGUGAGUUUGACCCUAGGAAGGGUACUUUGUAUAAGUUCUUUCACAUUGUGCCCAGCUUGCAUGAAAUGUACAGAAAAAUGUGUGAUCAUACUUUUUAUUUUUGUCUUGUGUGUGUAUAUUGGCAUCCUCCGGUCAGUAGAAGUGAAGCUCACCUCCAUGUAGCACAUACGAUGCUCAUGCAUUGUUGACCUUUGGCAGAUAAACAGUGGGGCAUUACAUUUGUGUGAAUUAAAUGUGAACCUGUGUAUUAUUGUGAGUCAUAAGCGGUCUGUGUAUUUCUGGAAUAAUUAUACAUAUCUACCUUGUACUGGGAAGAUGGCAGAGCUACAUUUGUGUUGGCUAAUCAGUGGCAGGAAUGAUUAAAGAUCCCAUGUUUACUUCUGUAUGAAGAUUUAACACAUGUUAUUGUGAAAUUCAUUUUCAACUCUAAUUUCUGUUACAGUUCUGUAAAAAUAUCCUGGAUUUUAGAAGUUAAAAAACAGUAGCAUAGAAUGUUGAGUUUUACAACAUUUAGAUAGUUUCUUUUGAAAAGAAAAAGUUUCUGCUCUUUUUAUAGAAAAUCAUUUCAGUCUCCUGAGGUCUCAUACUAGCCAAUUCUAAAUUUUAAUGAUUCUAAUCACUGAUUUCAGAUAUUAAACAAAAUUGAAAGCACUUUAGUUUAUAGCUGUGGUUAUAAACAAUUUUUAGAAGUUUCAAAUGACUUAUCCAUUGAAUGUGACUGGACCUUUAUAAGAAGGCCCUGCUACCUGAAAAUGAAAUCUUAUUUAUUGUCAAAUCUUUGGUUUGCAUAUUUCUAAAUGAGUUCACUUCCUUGGUGGUAUUUGAGAGCCAACAAUGCAAAUAAAUGAGUACUACCUCAAAAAUAAAUAUUUGGAAAACUUUGGAGUUUCACUGUUGCCUAGCUAAAGCACUUUUGAUUUAUAGCUGGAAUACUGAAUUCACUUCAGAAGGCAGGAAAGACAAUCUUACCAAAAGUAUGCUGAAGGUAGAAGGUUUUUCCAUUAGGCUAGUAAGGUGAUUACCAUAACAAAUAGUCUGGCAGUUACAAGAUGCUUUUGUCUUGAGUAACAGGGAUACCUCUCAGUGCCAAUCCCACCACUGCACAGGAAAGCCUGUUAUUCUUGCCUUCAUAGAAGUUACUGUUUAUCUGAUAUUUGUAAGUUAGUGUUUCUUAUUGAGUUACAGUUUUGAUAAAGAGACAUCUCAGUUACAGCCCCUCAUACAUUUAAUUAUGACCGUCUGGAGGCUGAUCACUUGGAGAGACACAGGAAGGUAAUAUUUAAAACUAUACCGUGACCCCCCCCCCACCCCAGUUUCCUGUGUUUUCCCCUUUAUGUGGUGCUGUGUGGGAGGGCGCCUCCCCCGGUAACUGGUAGAGAGCCAUUUGGUAAGGUGUAGGGUAUCAUCAGAGUGAGUCUGAAGUGACUGACAGCCUGGAAGGCACAGAGGGACCCAGCCUGACCAUAGUAGAGUCGAGGUUGCUAGCUGAAGGACAGCCCGCAGAUGUUUUAUAGUAA